AUGUCGCCAAGCUCAGCUUGUCUUUUCAAGCGCUCAGCAAGAUCCACCGAUUUUCCGCAGAGCGUCAACGACGUAGAUCAGGAAAUUCUGUCAACAUCUCAACAGAGCCCUAAUGAUGAAGUUCAGGACCCUCCAUCUAGUCCCGUGCUUGAUUUAAAUAAUGUUUCGCUUCUGGAUUCAGUGACUGUUUCUCUAACAAAUAACCAACUAAACCCUCCAGCUCAGAAAAGUCCGCAAACCUCUGACAAAGUCUUAAAAAGCUUAUCACAUGCACCAUCAGACUCUGAACCAAAUUCACUCAACUGUUCUAAAGUUUAUCCUGAGAGCCUGGUGAAUUGUUGCCUGACUAAAUUGGCUCUCAUGGCUAAAUUAAAUUGUAAUUUAGAAGUUUCUUUUCAUCAGUGCCAAGAGACUGAUAUAAAUUAUUAUUAUCCUCCAAAUUCACCUACUCUGUCACAAAAGCUGGAUAUUCGGCAAACUCCGGACCAUGUUCCUAAAAAAGUAACUAUUACACCAGAAAUAAUAAGGCCAUAUCCAAAAGCUGCAGCCCGAAAGACAACACGGCGUGGACGACAACCUGGAAAAACAAAAAUUCUAACAAAAACUUCUGAAAAAAAUUACAGAUGA